AUGCAGUUCAAUCUCGUCCUCGCGGUCCUUGCUUCUGCAGGCAUUCUUGCCGUCGCCCAAGGUGAAGAUGACCAACCGAAAAAUUCGGGCUGCUUCUCGAGCGGAGCCACCCACGGCAGCAACUACAACUGGGCGAGCUGCAACCCGCAGGACGGCGGAAAGAGCGGGACCAUCUUUGGCGGCGACCCGGACCCGAAGAACUGGUGCUAUGUGAAAUCGUCUGAUAAAGACGGUCUGCCCGCGUUGUGCGGUCAACACCUGGAUGAUAACGCGACUUGUUUGACCAAGGACGAUGACUCGGACCUUGGUGGCUGCGGACCGAGUGGAAGUUAA